AAAGAGGAAAUGUGACCGCACUAAAAUGCACAGCAAAAAGGAAACUGAGAGCAAAAGGCAACUGAAGGGAUAUAUAACUGUCACUUAGUUAGACAAACUGCUUUGAAGAAGCAAUGGAGGGGUUCAGACACCUUUCAUAGUCUUGUGAUUUUCCACAUCUUAUGACAAUACUGCUCUGGUCAAUUCAAGAGGAUAACUGUUGACGUAUUUGAUAUCUGGGAAAAGAGCCACCAACACACUGUCUGAUGGGUGGGGCAGGAAGCACACAAACUAAAAGCUUUCAUAAAGAGGAAGAGACUUUCUUGGCUUGUUGACUGGAGCAGAGUAGCUGCCUGCCUGAGGACUAAGAGACUCAUCAGAGGACUCUGUUGGAAGGUUGCCCAACAGAAUAGAGAACACAGCCAUUCUUCUAAAUCCCAAACCUCAUCACAGUCUCACUGUGUAUGUGUCAACGGAGGAGAGAACAGAGAGGACUGUUGGAGAGAGAACCAGAGGAGGAUGAAGUCUAUCAAACUAGAUCAGUCGGCUACAGUUGAUGAGCUUACGGAGGCCUGCAUCAAAGCAUUUGAUUAUGAAGGCAGGCUGGAUGAUGAGUCUCUGGUCCGGAUGUUUCUCAUGAUGCAUCCAUGGUACCUCUCCUCUGCUGACCUGGCCAAGAAACUCUCCAGCAAGUCGCUGGAGGAAAACUGUCUGCCUGAACUCAGGUCACAAAUCUGCCAUCUUAUCAAGUACUGGAUCAGCGAGUUCCCAGCAGAGUUUGACCUGAACCCAGAGCUGGCAGAGCAGAUCAGAAGGCUGAAGGAGCAGCUGGCUCAGCAGGGAGAGGAGCACCAGAGCACACUCAUCAACGUUGACAGUGUGCCGUCAUAUGAGUGGAGUAGGCAGGUGAGCCAACCAGCUCAGUCUGAUUUCAAGAAGAGGAAGACGUCUCUCCUCUUUGAUCACCUGGACUCAUCUGAACUAGCAGAGCACCUCACCUACAUGGAGUAUAAGUCCUUCUGUAGGAUACUGUUCCAGGACUACCACAGCUUUGUGAUGCAUGGCUGCACAGUGGAUAACCCCAUCCUGGAGCGCUUCAUCACCCUCUUCAACAGCGUGUCUCAGUGGAUCCAGCUGAUGGUGCUCAGCAAGCCCACCGCCCCCCAGAGGGCUGCAGUCAUCUCCCAUUUUAUUAGGGUCGCACAGAGGUUGUUACAGCUUCAGAACUUCAACACUCUGAUGGCAGUAGUGGGGGGUCUCAGUAACAGCUCCAUCUCACGCCUCAAAGACACACAGUCACACAUCAGCAACGAUGUGAGCAAGGUGUUCAACAACCUGGUGGAGCUUGUGACAUCCUGUGGGAACUAUAGCCAGUACCGCCAGCGCUUCUCAGAGAGCACAGGCUUCCGUUUCCCCAUCCUGGGUGUGCACCUCAAGGACCUGAUUGCUGUGCACGUUGCCCUGCCCGACUGGAGUGACCGGGAGAAGACGCAGGUCAACCUGGCCAAGACCCAACAGCUGUAUGCCAUCCUCCAGGAGCUUGCGCUGAUCCAGACCAUGCCACCCAGCGUUGAUGCCAACAUGGACCUGCUCAACCUGCUCAUGGUGUCUCUGGACCAGUAUCACUCAGAGGAAGAGAUAUAUCAGCUGUCCCUGCAGAGGGAGCCCCGCACAGCCAGGCCAUUGUCUACCCCAAGCCCACCUAUGAUAGAAGAGUGGGCAUCUUCAGUGAAGCCCAAAGCUGACCCCACCAUCAUCAGUAAACACAUACAGAAGAUGGUAGAGUCUGUGUUUAAGAAUUUUGACACUGAUGGAGACGGCUACGUCACUCAGGAGGAAUUUGAGAUCAUUAGGACUAACUUCCCAUACCUCUGCAAGUUUGACGACCUGGAUAAGAAUCAGGACGGCAGAAUCAGUCAGGAGGAGAUGAUCGACUACUUCACCAAGGCCAGCUCUUUACUGAACAGCAAGAUGGGGUUCAUCCACACAUUUUCAGAGAAGACCUGCAUGAAGCCUAUGCUUUGCCAUCACUGUAAAGGCAUCAUGUGGGGAUUUUACAAACAAAGAUACAAGUGUAAAGCCUGUGGGGUGAGCUGCCACAAAGAUUGUCGCAGCCGCCUUGCUGUGGAGUGCCGCAAACGAACACAGAGCACCUGUCCCGAAUACCAUUCUCCCCAACACUUCCGUUCCUUCAGUGUGCCUGCUAUAGCUCAGCAGUUACACACUGUACAACAUACAGUCAUUACAGAGGAAGCUCCUGACUCCCUGGGGGAUGAAGUGUUUGAUGUCCACCUUUGAGGAGAAUAAAGACCAACAUUGAGGAGAAAAACAACAAUGACUGCCCAUGUUCCAUGCAGCAGCAGCACUCUGAAGAUCUCAGGAAACGUUAUGCUCCUGUUUGAAGAUACAACGCAUGUUAGGAACAUUCCAAUUUUCCAGUUUAAGAGCAUUUCGAAUCUGAGGAAGGAUUUUUAAAAUUCUUCCUUCAUCUGAUUGAUUCAUCCUUCAUCUGAUAGAUUGAUCCAUUUCUGAUGGAUUCAUCCUUUAUUCAUCCUUCAACAUCAUAUUAUUUGCUCACAGCUUUCACAGUAGGUAAACCUACAGUAUAUGCAUAUCCCUGUGUGUAUUUGUAUGUGGUUCAUGACUGCAGAAGAUUGCUUCUCCACUAGAUGAGGCUGUUUGUGUGUGACAACACUGGAUAGUGUAGGCUACCACUGCCUUUUUACAUUCCCUGUUUUUAGUGUUGCCCUGUUUGUGUGGUCUAGUUGAGGUGGAAAAAUGUGGGAGUGGAUUGUUAAUGACAAGAUCAAUUGAUGUUAUUUCCUCAACUAGACAAUCCUGUGGUACAAUUUAAAAGACAGACAUACUGAAAAUGAUUUUAAAAUAUAAAAUUAUAAAUAUAGUAAUAUCAUACUACAGAAACCACUCCAGAGGUUUGUUCUACCUUUGUACAUAUGGGCUUCAGUGACACUGUAAAAUACAGGCUACAUUUUAAACUAUCAUUUUGAAAUAUAUUCCAAACUGAUAAAAAAUUCUGAAUGUGGUGACAUGUAAAAAAUAUUGGGAUUUAUCCUAAAUAAAUGUUAUGCAGUUAUCAACUCUGAAACCCAGUUUAAAUGCCUUAUUUCCACUUUCAAACAGAUUCCAAUUUAAAGCAUUUUAUUUCAACUAACUUUUGUAGAUACUGUGAGAAUUAAAGAUAUUGAUCAUGUUGGAGGCAGGUAAUCUGGUGGCAUUGGGCCAGUACCCAAAAGGUAGCUGGUUCAAAUCCCUGAAAUGAAUAUGUGAAAGCUCUUUCCAUCUGCCCCUAAUUGCUCCUGUAAGUCACUCUGGAUAAAAGCGUCUGCAAAAUGAAGUAAAUGUUUAACACUUUGUUCUGUCCUUAUCUGAACCACUCAUUUUGCAAACUCACAGCCUUCAGGUGUUGAUGACUCCUGCCAACUUAAACUGUGGUAGGCUACCUGGGUCCAGCUGAGGAUUUGUCACCAUAGUAACUCCACACCGGGUAUCCUGUGGGCUGUUACUGGUCUGUGACAACUGAAGCCAUCUCACAAUGGCUAGUCCUGUUCCUAUUGUGGUAACGUUCCCUAUAGUGGAGAGUGGAGUUAGUUGAGCCAAAGGGUUAAAUUGAGCCACCCUUGUUUCUAGGAAACCAUACUGUGAUGAUCCUCCUCAUGUCCACUGUCACCUCAUCUAAAGCUAGGCCUUAGUCUCAAUAAGCAGACAUUGCAAACGGUUAAUGAUUUAUAAGAAACACAUUUAUUAAUUGUAAUUGUGUGGUUAGCGAUGCUAUUUUGAUUGAUGAUCAUCUGUGAAAGAGAGAAGAAACUUGUGUUAGAGUUUAUUGACGUGUGCUGUAUACAUGUUGUAUUGUAUUUAAUGUAUUGUGAAUAUCAAUUGAUCAUUGUGUCAGGUCUUCCUCCCAUUGGCUGAUGCAUUGUGGGUAUGUGUACUUAAAUCAUGUCAUUGUUUGUUGGCAAACUGCUGGGUUUUGGUUGAAGAUUGUGUCAUGACAUUGCCCUCUUUGGAUACAGCAAGCCCCAUCCCCCUCUCCCUGUCUCCUACACCCAGGCUGCUGUGGUCAGAGAGAGGUCAUGAAUUCCUGGAGGAGAUGAUCUCCUCAUGGCCACAGUAUAGAGAGACAGUAGAGUUUUCAUAGAAGAGAACAAAUGAAUUUCUUCCACCUCACAGAACUUGAGGUCCGAACAACAUUUAUGUUCUGGAGAAGGUAUAAAAGAUCUGUGAAGAAUCCAGCUACGAACUGGUCCGUUUGGUACAAUUUUGUGAAACUCAUGGGAGACAAUACGACCACAUUACCAUAACACUGUUUAUAUAAGAGCCUCAGAUAUGAUGUUUACAUCUACUUGUUGUAUAAGAUGAAUGAGUGAGGAUGAUACUGUUUGUAAAAUUGUGUAAUGUGAUUUUGGACUGUUUAAUGAAGGAAACUCCAAUUCCCUUUGGAGUUUAAUUAAAUCGGAGGACCGCCCAUGAGCCCAGUUCGGACCUGGCUUCAUGAGACAGCUUUUUCUGUUCUUCCGAAUAUAACCCCGACCGUAAGAUUUUCUCAACAGACCAUGUUUCCCUCAAUUACGAGAGGACAAAGGUUGAGACCAGCUUACCUCGAUAACGAGAGGGCCAAGGUUUGAGUAGAUGGCUGAAUCUUUUAACCAUCCCAAGUGGUUAAACUCUUAGACUAUCGAUACCGACAGAAUAAGAACAAGUCUUUGAUAUUAAUUACUAGUUUACAGCUAGGAAUUCGGUAUCAUUGAACGCGAAGACCGACAACCGCCGAAACAUCUAUCCAUAACGACAUGAAUGUCACUCUGAACUAUUAUAAUUAUCAACUGUGUGUUGUCUUAUCUCAGUCGACACCCAACUUCCCUUUUGUACACCAAGCCGCGAUACCGGUUUAUCCCACUAGGGAAACUCUGUUAUCGUCUCCUUGUAACUAUCUACUGUUUGUUUAUGUAUUUCUGUGAAUUACUUAGUUAGUAAAUAAAUGAUUUAAGACAAUUGAUGUAUGGAUGACUCAUAGCAAAGACUGGGUUUGUGCAGAUAACCAACAAUUUACGACGUUUGGAAUGAGACUAAUGUGAGGUAAAAUAAAGAAUAAGUCAUUAAUCAGAAUACUAAUUGAUCAGAUAUUAAAAUAUCUGAAAUUGUAUAUUAGGAAAAUUAUAACUUUGUAAUCUGAAUAUUUUCCUUGGUGCCCCGACUUCCUAGUUAAUUCCAUUUGCCUGAUUAGUUAAUCACAAAAUGCUAAUUACGGAGAAUCUUUGAUAAAAACUAAAAGUCUUCAUUUAAUGAUAGUAAAGACACGACAAGUGUUAUUUGUGUAUAUCCUUUUGUUGCCAUGACCAAUUUGUUGUUUUGUAAAUACUUGUACAGUUUUCGGUGGCUAUUUAUCUUCAUUCAUGUUUGCUAAUAAAAGUUUUGAUUUGA